AUGAAACAUUUACCGGCUGCCCGCGGUAUCUCGGGAUUGAAGGAAUUCUCUGUAUCUUUCAUCUUCAUUUUUUGGUUCAAGAAGUGUAUCGCUAGCUGUUCGGGCAAAGCUCGACCAGCUAGUACCUCCCUUGGGGUACAUAUCCCAAGUUUUGCCCAGCCCAACGUCACUCCUGUUCAGCAUGAUGACGAUACUUGGCCAUUGUGUCCUUUCAUUGAUCGACACGCCCCGCAACCCCUGCUCCUAAUACUGGCGUCCCAGUGGACGGAUGCGAUCCGGCCUGCGGUGAUCGCGUGGCGCUGGCGUUAG